AUGUUUGAGAUUGAAGAAUCCAAGCUUGGGCAUGGAUAUGUCCACAUCAAAUGUUGUUACAAUAACAAAUAUUGGGUUCUUCAAUCUCCAUCUUCCCACUACAUUGUUGCCACUGCCAAUGAAAAAGAUGAAAAUCUAUCAGCACAUUCUUGCACCUUGUUCAAGCCCAAUUACAAAGAUGGCGACAAUAAACACCAUACAUUCCGCUUUCAACACGUCUUUCUCAACUUCAGUGUAUUUUUCCAACAAGCCCGAGAAUCAACGCACCGUGAUUGCUUAAUGGUAAAUUUCGAUCUACCAAACGAAUUCUCGACCGUCCUCAAUUUUGAUACAUAUCUUUUCCUACCUAAACAUGUUGCUUUCAAAAGCCUCAUAAACAAUCAAUACCUUCGACGAAAGAGCAAUGGCACGAAUCUAUUGGCAUUUCGAAGCACAAAUAAGGCAGAUCCAAAAGUGACCCAAGAAGUCAUAAGGACACCCGACGGUCACUUUGGUUUGAAGAAUGUUGCUGACAGGAAGUUUUUUACUGUUAGCGACGACGCUUGGAUUGUAUUGGACGAUGAUAAGUCAACGGAAAAGAAUGAUCCGGGAAGAUUUUUUUGGCCUAUCAAAGUUGAACACAAUGUGGUGGCCCUUCGUAAUGCUGGCGGUAAUAAAAUUUGCGCGUACGCGUCUCGAGUCUUAACUGGACAUGGAGAUUGUUUUGCUCCUUCUCCCUAUAUCAUUGACGAAAAAGCAAAGUUGGAAGUAAUUGAUUUUGUGCUUUCACGAUACAUUUAUAGUGUCCAAUUCCAUCUUUCUGAUGCUAGGAGAUAUAAUGAGAAGCCCCUUCUGAUGACAAGCACUAUUGUUGAGAACAAAAAUUCUCAAGAAAAAAUAUUCACCAUCAAACUCUCUUACCAAGAUACUACCACCUCGACGUGGAGGGUCAACGUGAACCCUAUGUUAGGCAUCAAGAUGAAGUUCGACACCGCUGUUCCGAAAGUUUUCGAAGGAGAGAUUGAAUUUUGUUCUGAGUUAUCUGAGGACUACUACACUUGGGGAGAAACACAUCAAAUGAAAUAUCAUGCUGAGGUUGUGCAUGAGGUUACUGUGCCUGCUGGGACUAAAGUUAAGGCUAGUGUAAUGGCAACACAAGCGAGUUGUGACAUUCCUUUCUCGUACAUUCAACGCGACAAACUCAACGAUGGAGGGUAUAGUACUCAACGUUACCAUGAUGGUCUUUAUAACGUCGUAAGUUCUUAUAAUUAUCAAUUUGUCAUUGAAAAGGUUUAA